GACAGGAGAGAGGCAUGUGGAUUCUUGGGUUCUCCACUUCAAAUCGGAGAAACCUAUGGAUAAUAGGUGCCAUUGGGCUAGCAGUAGCGGUGGCCAUCAUGUUAAGAAGGCUGGCGGUGUAUCUGGAAUCUCAAGGAAGAGCAAGAGGCAGCAGCAGCAACAACAACUCAUGCAAAGUAUGCCAAGGCAAGAAGAACAUGAAUAUGAAUAUGAAUAAUUGCAAUAUUAACAAUAACAAUAUCAUCAGGACGUACUCUGUGGAAGAAGUGAGAAGGGCCACAAGAGAUUUCAGAAUUCAGAUAGGUAUCGGAGGGACUUCAUUUGUGUAUCUUGCAGAGCUGGGCGGUGGCACAUUGGCAGCCGUCAAGCGGGUCAUGCAGGAAAGAGGCGGGACCAGGAAGAUGUUCCUGGACGAAGUUUCGGUCCUCCUCCGAAUUUCUCAUCCAAACUUGGUGGGCCUGAUGGGCUUCUGCUUGGAGAAAAGUGAACAGCACCUGCUCCUCGAGUACGUUCCUCACAAGAGCCUUUUCCACCGCAUGCACACCUAUUACGGCCAAUGCUCCGGAAUCCUAUCCUGGUCCAACCGCAUCAACAUCGCACUCGACGUUGCUCGGGCCUUGGACUACCUUCACUCCCACGCCGACCCUCCCAUUAUCCACCGAGACGUCAAGUCCUCCAACGUUCUCCUGCUGGACGACGAUCAUGCCAAGCUCGCAGACUUUGGGCUUUGUAAACUGGGCCACCAGGACGGUGGAUCUUCGUCACCCUCCUCCGUGAAGGGUUCGCUGGGCUAUGUGGACACUCAUUACAUUCAGACUGGGUCGGUGUGUAUAAAGAGCGAUGUCUAUAGCUUUGGAGUGCUGCUUUUGGAGCUCAUCACAGGGCUCAAUUCUUUACAAGGCUCUCUCACGCUCGCCGAGUGGACCGAGGAGUGGCGAACGACGGGUGAUUGUGAGGUUUUUCUUCGGAUGCUUUUGGACCCUAAGCUUAAGCUAAUCAACAACAAUUCGUCUAAUCAUAAUUAUGUGAAUUUGGACCAGCUUCUGGUCUUGGUCGAUGUGGCCAACUCUGCUCUGCUUGAAAACCCCCAUGCCAGGCCACACAUGAGCCAGAUUGUUCAUAGGAUUUCCACUUGUAUACAAAUUGAAUAA